CACUCGCCUUUCAAAAUCAUUUCAUCAUGGUUUCAGUCAUUUCCUCUCAAUAUAGGGUCAUAUUUGCGCAUACAUAUUGGAUAUGUGACAAUUCAUACCUCACACUCUUGAAUCAUCAUGACCUUGAGGCUUCCGAUCUAAGGUAGGAAAGUAACACUUAAGCACUCCGUUCGCCCGUUUCAUGGACUUCUCUCCUUUACAUUUACAACAAAAUUUAUUUCUCAAUGUCAAGAACUUAUUUUGGCAUACACAAUACUCGAGCCUCUUAUUACCAAUGGCAGAAACAACUUUGAUCAUGUAUUCUGGUAAUAAUCAGCAGGCUGCUCACAAUAAUGCAGGCGCGCAGGCUCAACAGCAAAGACCUCCUCGAGUUCAACAUUUAUUUCCACCAGUAUCCUCUCCUUACCAUGAGGAUCGACGACAUGAAUCUCAUGUGGGAGAGACGGCGCCAAUACUAACCUUUGGCCCUGUACCACCCAAUAUUCCAGCACAACAACAACCAUCUCAGCAAGCACAUGUUGCUCAAAGUGGCUGCUCUUAUCAACAACAGCAGCCUCAAAUGAAUCAAGGAUCAAAUGCUUCGGCAACAAAUGUCGCUUAUUAUGAUCCGACAACUAAAAUCUAUUGCGCUGAGCUGGACACGCCUUGGGGCUCAAUUGAACGCAUCGGCAUCAUCAGAGAAGAACCAGAAACUUCUCAACCAGCCAAACAACCAUCCCCUUCAUCGGUCCCUAAGAAGAAGAAGGAGAAGAAGCUGUCCAAACGGCCCGCAGAUCGGGAUGACCAGCCUCGCAAGAAGCCUUAAAAGCUACUUGAAUUCAAUGUAUAGAAACUUCUGAGCUAUUACUUGGUAAGGAUUCCACUCUAGAAAAACCGGAUAUAUUGAUAUUGUGUAAAAAAUGCUAAUUCUAGAUAGUCACGUAUCACCUACGACGGGUGAAUGCUUUGUUGUGUCAGCGGUGGUAACGGCUGGAUUUAUCUGAUACUUCCCCUUUCUUUUCAUAUUAUUGGUUACUGUCCUCAGAGAAGGUCAGUAUGUUUCAUGGUUUUAGGCGGGAGUCAAUAGUGGACGUUAUGGUGGCUUGAUAUUGCAUUUAGGAGGAGGGAAUCUAACUGUC